AUGCCCAAAAGACCACCCACCCCACCAUCAUUCUCACCGCCUCUCCCACCCGACCAACACCUCGUACACCUCCUUUCACCCCAGGGAUCCAACAACUGGUUAUGCCAGGAUACGGAAGGUACAGAGAGGUUGGUGGAAGUAACCUCGAAAUUGAGGAGGAUCAAAAGUCUCAUCAUCAUGAGGGGCGACUUCGCAAUCAUCUCUCUCUUCCCUUCUGGUCCAGAGGAUAAAGGCGGUAGGUUAGUAGGGGAGAUUAUACACGUGUUGGAUAAAGGUGAUAUAAAAGAUUGGAAAAAGGCAGGUGCAUGGCCAGAAGGGUUUGGAGAGACACCUGUUACUGCUACUGCCGAUCAGGAGGAUGAACAGUCAAACUCUGAGAACGAGGAUGAUCAUGAGGCAGAGGAGGACGAAGAAGAAGAGCAAUAA